UGUGGAUGUUGCGAACUGUCAACAUUACAUAGCCGACAUCUCUUAAGAGGAGGAACAGCCUCUUUGCUCGACUCGUCCUUUUUUCUUUUGGAAACUACACCUCCCACACUAAUCAACAUGAAGGUUGUCGGAUCUACCUGCGCCCUGAAGAGCAAGGUCGGCGGCGAGGACAUGGUGCGCUGCCUGUCCGAGCAGAGCCUCACCAUCUCCAAGUGCAAGAUCCCGCUGCUGGACGAGCAGAUGAGCGUAUUCCUCCAGGACAUGAACAACUGCUACAGCAAGCUGAAGGAGCUCGUGCCCACCCUGCCCACCAACAAGAAGGCCAGCAAGGUGGAGAUCCUGCAGCACGUCAUCGACUACAUCUGGGACCUGCAGGUCGAGCUCGACGAGCCGGAGAAGAGCCGCCAGCUGUCCGUCAGCAGCGUGCCUCGCACACCGCUCACCACCCUGAACGCGGAGCUCGCCAGCAUCGCAGUCGAGAACGGAUGCUCAGACGACAGGAUUAUGUGCCGCUAAGAGCUCGCACCAUCAUCACCCCACAGCGAGCACCGCGAAGAACGAACAAGGCUACCUGAUGUGACGAUCACAUCGAUUUGGAAAAAAGAAAAACCUUGAACUGUGUAAGGGACGUUUCAAACUCCCAAAUGCUAGAAACCGAAACGACGUUGUGUGGACAUCCUCCGCCGGAGGGGAUCUCUGUCACUCCGGGCUCUCGAUUGAUCAGAGGGCCCCGAGAGAAGAAGACCGGCGGUGUCCAGAUACAGACUGGGUUAGCCGGGGGACCAAGACGAGUUCAGUGCAACUGGCGUCGCCUGUUGCUUGUAGAGUUUCUAAAGAAAGCUAAUGUUUCUGUCACGCUCUUUGUAUCUUGUGUAAACCAUAUAGAGAAUUCAACAAUUUUGUAAAAGAAGAAAGAACACAUUUUCUCAGAUUCCUGAGCGACAAACUGUAUUGUAUAUUACAAUGCCACAUUAUGUGAUAAGAUAUUGUUUUCUUACAAUGUACCUUAUUGGUGUUUUUAUUAAAACAAGACAAUUAUUUUUGAACAAGAA